CAGGUCUCUGAGGCCCGGGGAGUUCAAUGGGGAGGUUGCAGUGCUCCGGAUUGCUGCUCCUCAAUGAAGCUCUGAGUCCUGGCCUGAGGGGCUAAGGUGCUGGCUACAAUGUGGAACCCCAGGACAACCGACCUGACUCACCUUUGCUCUGAGAAGAAGUCCCACAUGAAACUGGGCUGAAAUCAGAGCAAGGACUAGAGAAAGAUUUUUUUGUGUGUGUGUGUGUGUUCAUGGAAAGAGGAAAGGAGAAAAGGGUUUCCAAAAACCUGCAACAAACUUUCCACCGCUCUAAAGAACCUACCUUCCUUAUCAACCAAGCUGUUCCGUCUAGGGACUCCUCUUCUAGCCUUUUGCCAGAAACAGGGCAAGUCCAUCCUGGGGAAGAAAUAAAGACAAACCCUCAGAGAACUAGGCCUGGGACUGUGAUCCUCUCAAAACGCCCUGGUAAGAGAAGCAUGUCAGAAAGCCAGCCUACCCGACCCGUGAUCCCGUCCCGCAGGCCCGGAUUCCGGAUAUGCUACAUCUGCGGCCGAGAAUUUGGGUCCCAGUCCCUCGCCAUUCAUGAGCCCCAGUGCCUGGAGAAGUGGCGGAUUGAAAACAGCAAGCUGCCCAAGCACCAGCGGAGGCCAGAACCCUCCAAGCCACAGCCCCUGGCCGGCGGCAAUGGGUCCUACACGCUCGAGGCGCUGAACGAGGCAGCGUUCCAGAGCUCGCAGGCCCAGCUGCUGCCCUGCGAAAUCUGUGGCCGCACAUUCUUGCCGGACCGCCUUAUUGUCCACCAGAGAAGCUGCAAGCCCAAGGGUGGUGGGCCCAGAGAGCCGAAGAGCAACAACUCCAGUGACCUUCCUGGUCUUAAGAAAGCUGCUGGUGGCGUCCCACCUCGACCAAGGACUCUCGUCUGCUACAUUUGUGGCAGGGAAUUUGGCUCCCUCUCCCUUCCUAUUCAUGAGCCCAAAUGCCUGGAAAAGUGGAAAAUAGAAAAUAGCCAGCUCCCCAGGGAGCUCCGCCGGCCAUCCCCACAGAAGCCUCAGCCCUUGGUGCCUGGCGAGGGGCCAAGUCAAGCUCAGCUUGAGCCCUGCCCGCACUGCGGCCGGACCUUUGCUCCCCAGCGCCUUCCGGUGCAUCUGAGAAGCUGUAAGCCUCAAUCCAGUGGGCCACGCGCUCAGAAUUUGACUUUAGGAAGCAAAGGCGGCCUGAAAGAGCCCGCUAAUUCCAAGCAGCAAAGGCACGUGGCAGCACCCACUGAGACUGAAAAGCCAGCAAUGAUUAGGCGUCCACCAACCAUCAUUUGCUACAUUUGUGGUCGUGAAUAUGGAACAAAAUCGAUUGCCAUCCAUGAGCCACAAUGUCUGAAAAAAUGGCAUAAUGAAAACAACCUGCUGCCUAAAGAGUUAAGGAAACCAGAACCUAAGAAACCUGAAGUCAGGGCCAUCAGUGCCAAAGGUUUCUAUGAUCUCGAUUCCUUAAACGAAGCUGCUUGGAGAAGUGCCCAGAGCCAGUUGGUUCCCUGCAGUAUUUGUGGGCGUACCUUCCUGCCAGACAGACUGAUUGUUCACCAGCGAUCCUGUAAACCAAAAGUCACCAAGUAAAGCCCUUUCUCUCUGUGCAAGUGUUACCGGAAUGAGUCCUUGUGAAAGAGACCUGGGUGCGGUGAGGAGGAGGAGCUGGCGAGGAAAGUAACGAUGGGAAUUGGAGGAAAUCAAAGUCCUCGCACAGGAAGCCCACGGCUUCGUGGCACGCGUGUAACCACGGCGUGUGGGCAAAGGCUCGCGCAUGUCACGCUUGUGUCAGGCAGAAUCUCAGGGGCGCUGCGCUUCCUCAGACCUGGCACUUCUGCCUCAAGGAAACGUCAGAGCCAACUGUUGCCAUCUUUCCCCGACUCUGUUUCCCGGAGUGAGUGAGAGUUUGAACCUCAGGACUAUUAUUCAGCGAAGAGAGGCUUUGGGUGGCGUUGUCAGGCAGCUCCGUAGUCCCAAGAAAAACUGGACCCCUUCCCAAUCCUGGGCUAACUGAAAUAACACGCCGCGCCCCCUCCCUUGGACCCAGGGAAGUGUUUUUUAAUGGAGCUGUUGAUUUGGAAUCUCCUUUUCUCUAGGAGAUCAUUCAACAGGAGAGACAUUCA